CGAGAUCAUAGCAGACGUCUAUUUGGUAGAUUAGUUAUUUCAAAUAUAUUUAGUAUCACUAAAUCACAAGUGGGUGUAUACAAGUACCAAAAUAAUUUGCUUGCCAGAAUCUAUGAGUCCUGUUUCUUGAAUAUAAGAGACGCUGAUCGUAUCACACAUGUUCGAGACAAACCUCCACAUUUUUUCAAACCUAAUCUGUAUUUUGUUGUGCAUGUGUGGAAAUAAAAAAAAAAUCGACCUUAAGCUGAACUUGGAUAACGCCGGUUCGAAGGGACAAAAUUGCUCAAGUUCUGUUUUCGCCCAAAGCAAUAUACUACAUGCAUUAGUUGGUUUAUCGAUCGUUGUUAUCAAUUGUAUCUCUCAGUGUCACUAAUUACCAGCUAUUCCCGAAGUGCAUAUUUCGAGGCAGCCCCGCCUUCCCCUCAAACUAAUAAAGGACCUUGAUGCUCUUGUUCUUUCAUAAAAAAAAUUUGGGCAGUUACUGCAUUAAACUGCAAAAUAAUGUAAGAAAACCCCAAAACAUGCGGUCAGGAAUGGUGAAAAUCUUGCGUAGAUUGAACUUGAUCACCCGGUAAACACAAGUAACAAGUGCACGCGGGUCAAUGGAAACUUGUUUACUUUUACGCGCUCUAUAAACGUGUUAGUUGGUCCCUUGCGCCUACAAAUUUUAAUUUACCGCGAUAAGGAAAUGAAACUUUACACUCCCGAUUGAAGGGUUUUUUAAUAGCUAUUAGUGUGAUUAGUUCAUAUUAAACUAUACUGUUGUUUACUCUUUUUCUACAGAAACAAGCUACAUUGAUACAUCGGACGUCUUGAAUGAAACAAUUAAACCAGUCAUUGUAUUCUUUCAAAGGAAGUUUACCGCUUCGCUGGUUUGUGGAGUUUUCCACACUGGUAUGAAAAGUUGCCAGCAUUUUCACAACUCGUCCAACAUUAUAGCCUGGAUAUUGCUGCUACCGUCGCGUUCCAAUCUGUUGCGUAACACUUUAUUUUGAAAAUGUUGCUUCCUCUCUAAUAACAGCGGAUUGAGAGGUUGUCAGGCGGUGAAAGAAUUCCUCGCCGGAGAACUUUCAAGUAAGAAAAUUCUUGAAAUACAACUCACAGUCGAAAGCCGUACACCUGAAAAUAUUGGCAUAGAUACAAAUUUUCACGCCGCGAUAGCAAAACGAAUAAUUUUGACUACCGGUAAAGGCACUUCGAGAGGAAUCAGCAGAACUUCUAGGAUAGUUAUACUGGUAAACAGGUACCAGUCAACGAAACCUGCCAGAACUUGGAAACAACGUGUAUAAGCGAAAAUCGCUGGUGAUACUUUUCGCGAGAAAGCUUUCUAAAUCAGUGAAAAUGGCAUUGUUUAGGAAGAUGGGAUCUCCAAAGACAAGAAGAUGACUAUGUUCUGUAGCGAUGGCUAUAUUUUCUUUGCGACUUCAAAGAGUCACACUGUAUUCACUACUAGCUUUGAUGGUGAUUCUUGUUUACCAAAUCUACAGUCAUGGCGGUCAGUUGGUAAAAAAGCACCAAGAACUUAGACGCGAUUUAACCAAGAGUUUAACAUCAAAUCAUGCGAAAUCUUAUACAAAGAGAGCAUCUACAGAAACGAAGGGAUCAGAAGAGCCGGUCAAAAGAAGGGAACUUAGAAAGACCGAACACGCAUCCCCACUGUUACAGAAGGAAGUCAAAAGAUUAAAAUCUCGUAUUAAUCAGAAAGACGACCUUAUUGAACGACUAACUGCUCAGUUAGAAAAGGAGAAAUCACAGGCAAAAAAAUUCAAACAAGAAGUGGGCAACUUGAGAGCUCAGAACACAGAAUUACUGGCUGAAGUCGAAAGCAAUUCACUCGGAGACAACAGCGGCAAAAGCCAGGAACAAAGUCUUGCUGUUGCAAAAGAUUUAAGUUCUACGAUAAAAACCUCUGCAAGAGUAAGCGAUAUUCAAGUAGCUGAACGAAUUCACUUUCAAAGUUUCGCUAAAACGCACCUUUUCGAGCUUUCGCCUCGGAAAAGACCGAAGGAAUAUAUAUUUCACGGUCAAAACGUGAAUACACGCAGAGUGAAAUCUGGAGAGAGGCAUCUUCUCGAGGCGCAAGACACUGCAAUCAACUUCAUCAACACGAACACUUCAUACCACGUGACUCGUGAAAACGUUAUUGAUGGAGUUUAUCGAAUCGAUGUCAACACAGGCAUUGAUUAUGAGCUUUACUUUAAAGAUCCGACGGCAAAUAAAUUUAUUACCGUUCGGUUGAUUCGUCCCUUGGGCUUCAUACAACCAGUUGCCGUCCCAGACGAUAGUAAAAACCAAAAUGAAUUGAUCAAUUUAAUUCUCCCGUUGUCUGGGAGACUUGAACGAUUCCAACAGUUUGUAGAUAUGUUUGUCGAAGUCUGCAUCAAAAGCGACAAAAAUGUCUUUCUAACGGUAGUGCUGUACGGAGCAUCAGACUUUAACCACGUAAAAUCAACUCUGAAAGAUAUCGAGGCCACAUACGGUUAUAAAAAGUACCAGCUGAUUAUGAGAGACAAGCCCUUCUCUCGAGGGAGAGCCCUCCACGAUGGUGUCAUGUAUUGGAGCAGCAAUCCUACUAACGUUCUAAUGUUCUUUUGUGACGUCGACAUAACUUUUCGCGUUGAUUUUCUUCGCCGUUGUCGCAUGUAUUCACAAAGGAAGAAGAAAGUUUACUACCCAAUGGUGUUUAGUUUAUUCAAUCCGAAGAAUGUUUACGAAGAUGGGAACAUUCCACCUCCUGCAGAGCAAUUAAAAGUUGAUCGUGCGCACGGGUUUUGGCGGGAAUACGGGUUUGGUAUGACGUGUCAAUACAGAGACGAUUAUCUCCGAGUUGGUGGAUUUGAUUUGAAUAUUGAAGGCUGGGGCUCUGAAGACUUGGGACUGUAUCAGAGAUACCUGCAACAAGCAAAUACCAGGAUUAUCCGCGCCCCUGACAGAGACCUUUUCCAUCAUUUUCACGACAAGAAGUGUGACCCCAACCUCACCAAGGAACAGUACAGAUCAUGUCUUGGAUCUAAGGCAGUCGCCGAAGGAACACAUACUCAAAUAGCUAUCCAGUUAACUAAACUUAGAGAGAAGUAUGAAUUAGAUACACAAGAGGAUGGCUUCUGAGACUGAAAAUGAACCUGUGGCACCACCGCAUGUGAAUCGUGAAUUGUAGAGCACGUGAGAAAACCAUUCAAGUGCAAAGUCGCUACAACCAACAACGAAACAACAUGGCGUAAAUUCAAGAGCUGGACUCUUCGAUUGAUCAUUGAUGUCAAACAUCAGCUAACCCUCGGUUUUUGCGGGUUACAUACAUUUGCCACUGUUCUACUGAAGUAACGAUUCUCAGACUGAAUUAGAAUGGACUGUUUUCACGUUGUCGCGAAUCACAGAAGAAUUGGCAAAGUUUCCAAACGAUUUGUUCGUUUCUUACACGCCUCUCCUAGGAAAUUUUCAUUAAAAUUUAGUUAAAAUGAACUGAAAAAUUGCAGUAAAUAUUAGUUACUGAGCUGCUUGAGACUAUAUAACUCUGAAAGCACGAAUUCGCCAAUCCGUGAGUUUUGUGAUGAAUCGAGGUUAGCUGAAGCCAAUAAAAUUUCUCCGCGUUGUCUAGAAUUACCUCUAUGGAUGUCAAUGGUGUUUUAAGGAUUUCGAGCACUACUCGAAACAGCGUGGGUUUUGGUCAACGCCAGGAUAGUGCGACUGUCAUUUGGCGUGGACAGGUACCAAGAAAGGCGAAAGCAACUCGAAAAUGGCUUAGUUCAACCAAAGAGAAAUUUGAAAACGCAGCUUUAUUUCUACGGUUCAGGCCUACCACCCACACUAAUCCGUUCUUUGAAACGUGAAAUAGCAUAUCAUUUCGAUACAUUCAAAUCGAAAGGCGCAAGGGAAUGGAAUGAUUGUAUAAAUUGGUACAAGUCCUGAAAGUCUUUCAUUAUCGAGGAAAAAAUCAGGCACGAACAUUCCGUAAAUAGAUAAGGCCAGCCAUUCUUCUUUACUCUCCAUUCACUCAGAAAUUUGUUUACCGACAAGAACGACGAUGAUGAGGUGACCCGGUUAUUAAGAGAAGUUCAAAACUUCUGCGGCUAGUCUUAAUCAUGCUCAAGGUAAAGUACACCCAGAAUUCUUUACAGUCCUGUGUUUACUUGUUUACUUGUUCCCUCCUUUCUGACAAUCCAGAGGAACCGUAAAUUUUGGAGAAGGUAAACCAGUCACAAACACCAUAAUUAAGCUUUAAUUUCACUUCAGUUUUUCAAUCACUAGAUUAUUCAAUAUAUCAUAUUAAAAACAUAACCUCAGCCAUCGCUUGCAAAUAUGACAGUGAUUACACGGAAGUGAAACUUGCGGCGAAGAGUGUUGAAACAACUUAUUGAAAAGUCAAGCAUAUGUUGUAUGACUGGAAAAAAAAAUCGUUGUACACAAACAUGUUUCGACACAGAAAUGCAAAAUUAUCAUGAUAAAUAUCGUUGCGAUAAUGAAUACAAGGAAUGGAAUACACUACACAAGCGGCAGAAAUCGUUUUAGACGAAAAUCAACUUUUGAAAGCAGUUGCGAAGAAAAAACUGAAAAAAAAA